UACCAUAUGUUGCGCAGUGUAUUCGUUACAAUUUCGUAUUAUCAUAGGCAAGAACCUGAAACUGUUGCGUAACAAUACCUUCAUGUGCGUGAACAUGGUGAAGAUCGAAAUGCGUAGUUACCUGGACGAUUUUUAUGUUUACCAAACAAACGUGGCUCAGUUCCAGUUUACAGUUUGCGGUGUAAACACGUGUUCUUGCUCACGAGCGACUCUUUCGAGAGAUUGUCUUGUUUUGCGAUCUACUUGCGAUUUUUUGGAGAGAGAAACUUUGUAACACCAUGUUUCGAUUUGCUUCAGGGUAUGCUUCGGAGAAAUUCCGAUCCCUGAGCGCCUACCGUUUGGCGUCUCCUCAACCCGUGGCAGCAGUCCGCCACGAUGCCAUCGCCCAGGCGCUGAAAUGUCCCUCGGUUAAAAUCACCGAGAAGGUGGUGCGACCAUUGAAGCUAACUGGUCACUCACCGGUCCUUUCUGGUCAGUCUCCAGCUAUCACAUGCCCAGAGAGAUCUGGGCAAGGUGAUCAACAACCAGAGGGAAGAGAUGUCGGCUGUGACAUCGCACAGCCCACAAAGGGAAGAAACAACCUGUCGUCCACUGACGAAACCUUCCCAAGAUCAUUGACAGUGCCUCAGGAGGACAGAGAUCCUGAGCCGCCAGGGAAGAUGAAGGAAGCAGGAGAGGGCAGCGCUGGUGAAACCACCCCGCUUCCUGACAACAAGACUGCACAACCACUGCCAGACUUACUGAAUAUGACACCCUGUGAGAUGCUCAAGAUGUCUCGGUCUGAGAAGACAGCCGUUGCGAAUGGAGUGACUGAUCACAUCCAACGAGCUGUCCGUGCCAAUAUCUCCCUGACCCAAGAAGAACAAGGUCCACAUGUGGAGGAAAACAAACAGAAUGCUGAAAAAGCUCAGCAGCUGUUCGACCAGAUGCAAACCCCAAUCACAGCUGGUCCUGGGUCUUCACAAAGAAAUAACCCAGUAAAUCAAACCGAAAUGAUCCACAAGCCUUGCCUGAGUACUCGGGGUAAUAAACAGCCUCAGACCUCCCCAACUCAACUUGGAUCGCUUGGUACUCUGCCACGCAUCGAUAAGGCUGAUCUCACCCCUGUCAUGUCCCGGAAGGGACAUUCCUACUCCACAGUCAAACUCGGCAGUGGGAGUUUCGGAGAGGUAUCCCUGAUGCAGAACUGCACGGACGGUACUCUGAUAGCGGUCAAGCGUCUGACCAAAGUCGGGAACCGACUGAAGGCUGAGGAAGCGUUCAAGAGGGAGACGCAGGCCAUGAACGCCGUCUCCUCCAGCAGUGCUUUCCCCAAAUUCCUGGGGAUCGUGGACCGCUACUCCUUCGCCAUGGAGUUCCUUGGAGACCUCGACAAGCAGAACGCCUGCAGCGCCUACAAGAUGUUCCGGAAGCGAUCCAGCAAGAUGAAGUCCCUCGAUUGGCUGAAAGUGGCCACUGACGUCACCCAAGGACUGCAAGACAUGCAUGCGGCAGGUUGGACCCACAACGAUUUGCAUUCCGACAACGUCAUGGUGUGGCGGGAUCCAGAGGACCAAUCAGGGGGCUGGGAAGGGAAAAUCAUCGACCUUGGCUACGCCUACCGUAUCGACAACCCUCCCCCGCCACAGCAACUGACCCCAACUCAGGAAAAGAAGUGCUUCAAAGACUGUGGACAGUUGGCCCCCGAGGUCAUUAAAGGCACCAGUCGCUACAACGUCAAAUCCGAUGUCUACAGUUUGGGACAAUUCUUCCUGGACAUCGUCUCUGAGACUGGCCGGGCAUCUUGCCUCAAAGCCCUUGGGAAACGCUGCAUCAACAAGGACCCAAAUCUGAGACCUACCUUGGAUGCAGUGCUGCAGGAACUCGCACUCAUGCACUAUGAGCGCCUGAACAGACCCCAGAAAACUGGACCACUCGCCGGCCUCUUCCGUUCCCUGAAGAAUCGCUUCAGGGGAUAAUUCCCUGCAUAUAGAUCUUUAUCAUAUGCAUAAUGCUACCAUGUUUGUCUUGUUCCAGUAGACCCAUUGGCAAUGCUAAUAAAACAUCAUAUCGAUAAAGGGGAACAGACUCUUUCCCCUUCCAUACUCAGUUUGUUUACCUUGCGUUUGAAUGGCAGAAAAGCAAGAUGGUGGCUGCCCAAUGGUAAGGGUCUAUACCAGUGAGUUUAAGGAGGAGGGCAUAUAAGUUACGUAUACUGGUCCAGUGCUGAAGUUUGAGACCCUAUUCAGGCCCAAUUUGUAGAUGGCAUGGUUGCUGAGAGGGAACUUAUGUUUCUAAGCAAAUUUCUUUGUGUGCUUAGAGAAAAAUAAAAAUUGAAAAAAAAAAUUCGAAAUUGAGGUUUACAGUAUUUUGUCGAGGAACCAUCACUGUUGAGCAAGACAUUUUUUUGAAGCUUAAAGCCGGAUAAAAUCAUACCGGAUAUUACAACGGCAAUGUUCAUGUACACCCUCUUAAGUUCUGCGUUCGAGGGAACACAGUUGAAUGGGGCACUACUGAUCAGGGGUGGAACUUUUCAAGGAAUUUAUUAUGUAAAGUAAAAAGUUAUUUCCAUACAAGAAAGAAAUCAUUCUAAGAAUAAGCAAAAGUCCUGAGAUUUGGAGUAGUAGAGUACUCAAAUUAUAUUUAUUCAAUAUUGAAUUACUGCUGUUAAUGAGAUUUUACUCUGACAGUUGUUAAUUGUGUUAGUAUUUUUCACGGUACAAAAAGAAAAACAUGCCUAUGAUAAUUGAAAAAAUUCCUAAAUUAUCUUAUUUCGGGUUUUUGUAUCCUGGGUUCAAUAAUCGGUGUAGGGAAACAGUGUAAAAUUUAAACAUCAAAAUUCUGUGAAUCAUAAAGUGUAUAAAGGAACAUUACAAAAAAUCAUGC